CCUAGGUAAAGGUUACCGUACUGACAGGACCCUGGACUGGAGAAUAUUACCUGAUCUUUGGCACUGAAUUACACAGUGUAACUACAAUAAUUGAUCCAGUUUGAUGAGAUGAAGAUAGCAGCAUGAAUUGGCUACAAAGGAACGUGACUGUUGAGCCAGUCUUAUUCUUCUAUAUGCUGGGAUCCUUCAUGCAAUACCUGGCCUUGCAACAGCUCCUCAUAGAAAAGGUGUGCUUCCAAGAAAUCAAUGACACUGUCAUCUGUGCCAACUUAUCAGCAUACACAGAUGAGAACAAGAUUGUUCAGACAAGGACGUCCUACUGGCUGAUAGUGCUCAAUUUGGCUUUAACUGUGCCUUCUGUGCUUUCCACUCUAGUGAUUGGAGCCUGGACGGACAAAGUCGGAAGGAGAGUAGCCAUGGUGUUACCUUCUUUUGGAGCAGCUUUGAAUGGUGUUUGCUUGAUUUUGAGUACCAUCUACCUGGAGCUUUCCAUAGGAAUCAUGGUCUUAGGGUCAGUGCUACUGGGUCUACUUGGAGCGUAUGCAACGGUCCUAGCAGCAGUGUUUAGUUACCUAGGUGAUAUUACCAAAGAGAGAACACGCACUAGAAGGUUUGGAUUCCUAGAGGCAAUGACCUUCGCAGGUAGUUUUGUUGGAUUGCUGACAUGUGGCCUAAUCAUUGACAACCUUGGCUAUGUGGCAGUAUUCAUCGUCUACAUCUCCUGCAACGCUGUGGUAGUCCUCUAUGUGCUGCUGUGGUUAAUAGAAUCUAGCAGUUAUGUCGCAAGCCAGGGUUCCUAUACCACCCCCAAGGCAACCAAUGAUGCGCUCCGAUCAGGAGAAACAGAACCUAGUGGAACCGAUGAAGUUGUUCCCAAGUUAGAAGAGGAAAGAAGAUGGUCCUGCAAGAGAUCAUGUGUACAGCUAUGUCAGUUACAAAGUAUAGGCAAGUCUUUUCUGACUGUGGGUAGACAGCGACCAAACAAACAAAGAGUACAGCUCCUCCUACUGCUCUGCUGCCUAUUCACUUUCCAGCUUGUCGGCACAGGUGAAAACGAUACAACAGUCCUGUAUCUGAAGAAAGCUCCGCUAUCAUUUACAUCUUCCCAAAUCUCAUACUACUCUGGUUGUAAGAGUGGUCUUCAGAGUCUGAUGCUGUUGACAGCCAUGCCUCUCCUGCAUCUAUGCGGUGUCCAUGAUUGCUUCAUAGCAUUAGGUGCCCUGUGCUUCAGGAUGAGUGGUUAUGUGGUCUUUGGUCUUGCAAGGACACUCUGGCAAGUUUUUACAGUUGCAUUUCUGUUGUCUCCAUCUGGUAUGCCUGCUGCUACUACCCGCUCUAUGAUGUCAAAGAUAGUGGUCCCAUCUGAACAAGGAAGUUUGUUUGCCCUGACUGCAGCCCUUGAAACGAUCACUGGAGUAUUAGCAUCUCUUAUCUUCAAUGCCCUCUAUCCAGCUACUCUAGAUAUUAUGGGAGGUGGACUCGUCUUUAUUAUCAUGGCAGCUUGUCUCAUUCUACCUGCCUUGCUACUCAUAGUGAUUUGGCGCAUUCAGAAGCUGACGAUAGCUUAUGUGGAAUACACUGAAGAGUUUCUAGUGGAUGACCCUGUGAACAUUGGACCUGGACAGCUUCGACUCAGUGAAACAGACUGUUGAUGAGAAGUGCUUGUUGAUAUCACCUGAGACCUUUUGAGGGUUGAGGAAACUCUGGAGAAUGUGAGAUAUAUUUCACCCUCACUCCAGGAAAUGAUAGUCCUUAGACGAAGAUACUCUUUCAGAGGAUAAUGACCACCUGUCUACAAAGACCAAUUUUUCUGUUUCCCUUGAAAAUGGUUUCUCAUUGAAACAUGUACUAAAGGAAUCUGUACAUAAAGACCACCUGCCUAUAAAGACCACUUUUCCUGUCUCCCUUGGGUGGUCUUUAUAGACAGGUUUCACUGUAUAUAUGUAUUAACUUUCAAGGUUUGGGAGAGAGCUGUUAAGGAAUUAUGAAAAGAUCUUAAAUGUGAAUUGGAUAUGAA